AUGGCGCUGCUGAAGGCCGGCUGGAUCUGGAGACAAACCUCGGUCUUGCGGCGCUGGAAGCUGAGCUGGUGCGACCUGUGGGUGGACGGGUCUCUGUGCUUCUACGAGAGCGAGAGGAGGAGGAGCCUGGAGCUGAGGGUCGCCCUGAAGACGCUGUGUGUGGACGUGCGCUCGGGCCUCGAGUGCUCAGACGUGUCGCCCCCGGAGACUCACCCCCGACAGAACCUGCUGGUCCUGCAGCUCCGGGACGGAUCCUGUGUGAACCUGUGUGCCAACAGUGAGGACGAGUCUCUAGCGUGGAAGCUGACUCUGCUGGAGACCCGGAGGAACCCGGUGUUCGUGUACGAUCCCCAUGACGACGCGUACGAGGCCGUCCCUCUGAACAGACACCACACGGUCUACAUCACUGCAGGGGCGGGGCCAGGGACUCAUCAGGUGGUGGUGCAGAGGGACCCGUUCGAUGACGUCGCGGGUCACGUGGUCCUGGGUCUGCUGACGGGGAUGGCUGCCGGAGCGGCCAUGAGGUCUUUCUUGUGGAUGCCCUUCUUCUUCUGCUGA